AUGGCCAUGAUGGGGCCACUUGUCCAAGCUAUAACAGGAGGCUAUUUCGACCUGAUCAGCUUUGACCCCAGGAGUGCUGGGAAGACGAUCGCGAUGUCAUGCUAUCGGAAUUCGGCGGAAAGGGUGAAUGCUACCUUGAUGAAUCCGAACUUCAACGGCCAUGAGUCCGAUACCAUGCUCGGGAGGCUCUGGGCGAGUACCGAAAACCUCGACGCUGCCUGCUACGAAAACAACAAGGAAAUCGGAGAUCUUGUUGGCAUGUCUUUCACAGCAAGGGACUACAUUCGCAUUGCGGAAACGCUUAAUGAGGAUGGGCUUCUCCGGUACUUUGGCUUUUCAGGUGGCACUGUGUUGGGAGCAACCAUAGCUGCCAUGUUCCCCGAUAAAAUCGAGCGUAUGAUCCUGGACGGAGUUUGGAACAUCCACGAGUACUGGCAUUAUCAAACUGCAGACGAUCUCGAAAAAGCCACUUACGAACUCAUCGAAAAAGUCAAAUACCGGCCGCUCCCGUAUCAAGGAAAGCUUAUCGACUACACCUUUGUCAGGAACGUUAUAUUCCUAGGCAUCACCUCUGUAGCUCAGUGGCCGGCAGUGGCCACCUUCCUCGACGCUCUAUUCACAGGGAACAUGGCUGAGCUUGAUGCGCCACUUCAGACUCUAAGCGCCACGGAAGACCCAGUAUUCACAGAGAACCGAUUCGGGAUCCAGUGCGGAGAUAAGCCAUGGCGCACGUCACACUUGGAAGACGUGCUUCCAAUAAUAGACCAAGUUUCCAGUCUUAGCAAGUUAGCAGGCGACAGGAUAUCCUACGACAUCGAAGCGUGCGUGCAAUGGAAAAUGAAUGCCAAAGAGCGCUAUCUGGGAGACUACAGAGUGAGCACGAGGCAUCCGAUUUUGAUUAUCGGAAACACAUUCGACCCAGUCACGCCGAUUGUCUCCGCGCGCAACGCCAGUGCGAGUCUGGAGGGUAGCGUUGUGCUGGAACAUCAUGGUUUCGGGGUAUGUCUGCUCUUAUCCUCCGGCCUCCCUUUCGAUACUGGUGCUGACGACAGAUGA